AGUUGCGCUUGUGAAUCAUGAUUCACGAGUCAGUAAAGUGAUUCUCGAGUAUUGAACGAUUCGUUCAUGAUUCGCGCAUCACUAGGUCAGAGUAAUAUUACAAACUAACCACCUAUUACUAGUUUUAAUUCACUUUUUGCAUAAAUAAAUACAUUUCUUAAAAUAUGGGAACCAUACAUAUUCCCUUGUGAGUAAUUUCAACUUUUGCGAGAUCUCGCAAAAGUCCAUCUUUAUUAUUUUUUUCUGUUGCGGGCCUCCGUAUUUCCGGACUAUACUACCUCUGUCUGAACUGUUUCUUCUAAACUGUGUCCCCGCCACACUUCCAUCCCAUCACCGGUUUCUCCGUCUUUCUGGCCCUGUCCCACUACGAACCGUCGUCCACUCAUCUCGGAAGUCGGAAUACGCCCUAGUUCAAUAAUUCUGAUUUAAUCAAAAACGCACCAUGAAUUCACGUCGUCGUGCUCCACCCAGUACGCCACAACCGGUGCGUUCCAGAUUAAGUUUAAAAUCGGAUUCCAGUUUUUUCCUGUCGGAAUUUUCAUUUGAAAAAUGGUCCUCCUUGAGAUUUCCACCUCGCAAACGUCGGAGCAGCCUCACAAUCCCAGAGUUAACCAUUCAGAACACUGAUGGCUUUUAGGCAUGAACGCCCACACUAAACGAAGAACAACGUUUAAGCUAACUUUCUCUACAGAAUUGUAAAGGGUUACUGUUAUUUAAAAAAGAAUUGCUUCAGCCGCGAUAUAAGGCAGCAUGUUAGCCUGUGAUAUCAUGGUUUCUGUGUUCCUCGUAUUUGCAUGUCUCGCUGCCCCCGUGGUUUCUGCGGUGUCUUGUCACACAAAGGAGUAUGCAACAAGGGAUGGGCAGUGCUGCCCGAUGUGCCAAGAAGGUACAGUUGUUCAGAGAGACUGCACAGCAUAUUCAGGAACUCGGUGCCGUUUCUGUGAACUGGGGACUUACGUGAACCAACUCAAUGGUCUAUCUCACUGUUUCCCCUGCACUACCUGUGAUACAGGUCAUGGUCUCUUUGUCAAGCGGAACUGUACACCAAAAACUGACACAGUGUGUGAUGUUUUAAAUGGAUAUCACUGCAAAGAUUUGAUAGACAGUAAUGGAUGUAGUUUGGCAGAGAAACAUUCACAGUGUGCAGCUGGUCAGAGGAUAAAAGAACCUGGAACCAGCAGAAGUGACACAGUGUGUGAAGACUGUCAGCCAGGCUUCUUUUCCAGGGACGGUGUGAACUGCACGGCUUGGAAAAUUUGCUCAAACAGACAGAUAAAGGUCAAAGGAAGCUCAACCAGUGACGUUGUCUGUGGGAGAACAUCAAGUCAACAUUACUUUGUGUUUUUACCUUUUUUGCUUUGCUCAGUAGCAUUUACUAGCCUCGUAACAGGUUAGUGCAUCGUCUGCAUUGAGUGUUUUUUUCCUGCUGUAACACUAAUUUUCUUUGAGUACCAAUAAAGCGAAGAAGAAGAAGGAAGGAAAAAAAAUGCCUUUUUAAAAAGAAAAUUGAACUCACUAAUUAUGAGCAAUUUAUUUAUAUCAUUAAUAGACUUUUAGCUAGGAAGGCCAGAAGACCCAGCAUCGACAACUGAACAGGUGCAUUUGGAUCACGGUGUUGUUCCAAAAGGUGAUUUCUGGUGUUUCUGUAUGUUUUUUGUUUUGUCUUUUAAUGUGUAAUGUCUUUGCUUUUAUUGGAAGGUAGACUGUAGUCAAAAGGAUUUAUGAAGGAGUUGUAUAUAAAAUAAAGAAACUGCCUGUUUUGCAAA